AUGGUGAUGGACAAAAACAACGGGAAAAAAAGAAAUGGGAAAAAAGCUGCAGUCUGCAGGAGCAUUUUGGAGAGACAGUCCCGGGAUCAGCCUUCCCACCGGGAUCAGCCUUCCAUAGGCGUCGGCUGGGCCACCAACACCAUCCCCGUGGCCAUCAACACCUCCCGAGGACUCGUGCCCGGGCCGGGGGCUUCCCCGUCCCACCGACCGAGCUGCAGGAGCCGCCUCUGCUCGCACCGCGGCAGUUUUGGGCUGAAAAAGGAGGUUUCCUGUCAAUCCCAGGUAUGGGUCAGGGCCCGGUGCUGCCGGCCUCGGCCUCCGGUGGGUGAGACCGGACGGGCCAGGGGCUGCUCCCAGUGCAAACCAGUGUCCCCAGUGCAAACCAGUGCCCCCAGCACUCACCGGUCCUGUUUCUCCCGAGCCCGGCAGAGCCAGCGCGGGUCCGGGGUUUCUGUUCCGCGACAGCCGCCCUGGGAAGUGCCGGAGAGAAGGAGCCAGGCGGUUCCGUCCCGGGAGAAUCACCGGGACACGCACACACCGAGCGCCCGCCGGUACCGGGCCGGGCCGGCGGCUCCCGACCCCGGGACCCCGACCCCGCAGCUGCUGGCGUCUGCCCGGGGUCCCCCCGCCGUUCCCGGCAAGAGCUGCCAGCCGGGGGUCCCCGCUCCCGCACCGGAGCCCGCUGGCGGAGACAGAAGGGGGGUGAACGGCCCCGGUUCGCCCAGUCUUGACCCGGUUUUCACCCCUUUUACCCGUGUUUUGCCCGGUUUCCCUGUCCCGGCCCCUUCCCGGCGCUCCGAACCCGCCGAGGAGACGACGUCGCCGCCGGUUCAUGUCCGGAACCAGAGACGGCCUCACCCUCAGCCGCCUCGGAGCACUCCCGGGAGAACGGCCGGCAGCCGGACCCGGUCCAGCGCCUUUGCGGUCCGGAGCACACCCGGUGGCGUCGGUGUUCGCUCCGCUCCGUGCGUGGAGCCGCGCGUGCGGCGGUGGCAGCAGCAGCACCGGGAGCAGCCUUGCGGGUGGAGCAGCUCCGUCAGAACCCCCGGGCUGCCCGCAGAGGAGUCCCUCAGUCCCUCGGUCCCGGUUCCGUCCCCGCCGCUCCGGAUCCGGCUGAGAGAGCCGCUGACACAGCGCCCCCUGGCGGGCGCGAGCGGCUCCUGCCCCACCCGACAGCGCCCCCUAGAGGCUGCGACGCCCCCUGGCGGGCGCGAGCGGCUCUUGCCCCCAUGGACAGCGCCCCCUAGCGGCUGCGAGCGGCUCCUGCCCUCACCGACAGCGCCCCCUUGCGGCCGCGAGCGGCUCCUGCCCCACCCGACAGCGCCCCUAGCGGCUGCGAGCGGCUUCUGCCCCCCCCCCCCCCCACUGACAGCGCCCCCUGGCGGGCGCGAGCACCUCUUGCCCCCAGGGACAGCGCCCCCUAGCGGCUGCGAGCGGCUUCUGCCCCCCCCCCCCCCACUGACAGCGCCCCCUAGCGGGCGCGAGCGCCUCUUGCCCCCAGGGACAGCGCCCCCUAGCAGCUGCGAGCAGCUUCUGCCCCCCCCACUGACAGCGCCCCCUAGCGGCUGCGAGCGGCUCCUGCCCCACCCGACAGCGCCCCCUAGCGGCUGCGAGCGGCUUCUGCCCCCCCCACUGACAGCGCCCCCUGGCGGGCGCGAGCGGCUCCUGCUCCACCCGACAGCGCCCCCUAGCGGCUGCGAGUGA